UUUUUUUUUCCUGAAAUCUCUCAUCCUCCAUUCAUUCAGUGUUCUCACUUACUUUCAUUUCUUUACAUUCCGUCGUAUAUUAGUCACCAGUUCCCUCAUAUCUACGGACAAGAAACAAAAGCUAUUCAUCAUGGCGAUUAUUAUGAUCGACAACUAUGACAGUUUUACCUGGAACAUCUAUCAGUCACUGUGCAUCCUUGGCGCAGAUGUUAAAGUUUAUCGCAACGAUGCUAUUACAGUUGAGGAGAUCAUAGCUUUGGAUCCAACUCAUCUGGUUGUUUCCCCUGGCCCAGGACAUCCAUCUGACUCUGCCGGUGUUUCCAAGGCUGCGAUCAAGCACUUUGCUGGAAAGAUCCCUGUUCUUGGUGUCUGUUUGGGUGAGCAGUGCAUGUUUGAGAUUUAUGGAGGCAGUGUUGGCUAUGCAGGAGAGAUCGUACACGGUAAGGUUUCACCUAUUAAGCACGACGGCAAAGGCCUUUACCUCAACAUUCCGCAGGAUAUUCUCUGCACACGUUAUCAUUCGCUUUCAGGUGUUAUUUCAACUGUGCCUGAAGUACUGGAAGUCACAUCCAGAACUGAAUCAGGCGUCAUCAUGGGAGUGCGUCACAAGACUCUCUGUGUUGAAGGUGUGCAAUAUCACCCAGAGAGUGUACUUUCUGAGCAUGGACAGACCUUAUUUAGCAACUUCUUGAAGCUCCGUGGCGGUACCUGGAAAGAGAAUCCAGAGUAUGGGGUUGAUUCGGAUAUCAAGCCUGCAGGGACAGCGGAGGCUGCUAAGACAGCCGUUCCCAGUAUUCUCACCAAGAUCUUGGGACAGCGUCUUCAGGAUGUUGCAGAUGCCAAAGCUCUGCCGGGGCAAUCUGCUGCUGACUUGCAGAAGCUUAUUGACCUUGGAUUGGCGCCAAAACAGAUUGAUUUUGUAGCACGUAUCAAGAAGAGCCAGCCCUUACCUGCGAUUAUGGGCGAGAUUAAGCGUGCUAGCCCUAGUAAGGGUAACAUUGACUUGGAUGCCAAUGCUGCAGAACAGUCGUUAGCCUAUGCCCGUGCGGGUGCGAGCGUUAUCAGUGUCUUGACUGAGCCCAAAUGGUUCAAAGGAUCCUUGAAUGACAUGCGUGUAGUUCGAGCCAUGAUCGAUAGUCUGCCCAACCGCCCAGCUGUCCUUCGCAAGGAUUUUAUCGUUGACACCUACCAGAUCUUGGAGGCUCGCGUCUAUGGUGCUGACACAAUCUUGUUGAUCGUCGCCAUGCUUUCAAUUGAGCAAUUGCAUACACUCUACAAGUUUGCAGUCAACUUGGGAAUCGAGCCUUUGGUCGAAGUUAAUAAUGCACAGGAGAUGGAGGUCGCAAUCGAGUUGGGCGCCAAGGUCAUCGGCGUCAAUAACAGGAACCUGCAUAACUUUGAAGUUGACAUGAACACUACCACUAAACUCGUCAACAUGGUUCCAAAAGAUACUAUAUUAGUGGCCUUGAGCGGGAUCAAGGGUCGCGAAGAUGUGGAGCGCUACGUUGAGCAGGGUGUUAAGGGUGUCCUUGUGGGCGAGGCUUUGAUGCUCUCGUCAGACAAAAGGGCAUUCAUUCGUGGACUGUUGGGUUUGACCGCUGAGAAGGAACAGUCAAAGGUUCUGGUCAAGAUCUGUGGUGUUCAAACAGUGGAUGCUGCACUCCAAGCUGCAGACUCCGGAGCAGAUUUUAUUGGCAUGAUCUUUGCAGAGGGAUCGAAGCGUCAGGUUAAGCUCAAUGUAGCUGCAGAGAUUGUGGAGGCCGUUAGGGAAUAUGCCAAUGCUAUAGCAGAAGCAGAUGGAGACUCUGAGGAUACGCUUCGUGGAGCUAACAAGGGAGGCAAUGUGGCAAAUGAGGACUGGUUUUCUAUGCAUGCCAAGAGAGCGGAGCGUAACCCUCGGAAGCCCAUGAUCGUUGGUGUAUUUAGAGAUCAAUCCCUAGAAGAGAUCACGAGGAUUGUGGAUACACUCAAGAUCGACUUGGUUCAAUUCCAUGGAGGCGAAAAUCCAGAGAUGGCCAAGUUCUUGCCUGUACCAGUUAUCAAGGCAUUUCAUAUCCGUGGAGAUGAGCCUGCUAAAGAAGUGAUUCAAAAAGUUGCUGGUACCCGUGGCUUGAAUGCAUAUUGCCUGUUGGAUUCAGCAGGUAAAGCUGGCGGAUAUGGAGGAGGUGAAGGUCAGGUAUUUGAUUGGUCGAUCGCUAAGACUGUAGUUGAUUCACAGGAAGGUGGAUUUCCGAUCCUUCUGGCAGGAGGGUUGAAUCCAGAGAAUGUAGCUGAGGCCGUGCGCCAGGUCCGUCCUUGGGCCGUGGAUGUGUCCAGCGGAGUGGAAACCAAUGGUGAGAAGGACGAACACAAGAUCAAGGCGUUUGUUGAGCGAGCCAAAUCUGCAUAAAGAAAUCCUCACAAAAAAAGAAAAAAUCUUUUUGCUUAAUAAAUCGGCGUCACAUGAUAGUGACAUUU